GUUCCUCUCUCAGUGUCGAGAUCACCAGAGGGAGGCAUUAAAUUGCUCUUCCCAGGAGUCAGAUCUGUUGUACCUGAGGAGACCAAGCUGGCGCAGCUUGAGCGCUGUGGGCAAGUCUGACCAGGCCCCAUCUCACUCCUGCCUGUGUUUGCCUUGCAGCUGUGUAAAUGAGUAUGGAAGAUUAUGAUUUCCUGUUUAAAAUUGUUUUAAUUGGCAAUGCUGGCGUGGGGAAGACGUGCCUAGUCCGACGAUUCACUCAGGGUCUUUUCCCCCCAGGACAAGGAGCCACGAUUGGAGUUGAUUUUAUGAUUAAGACGGUGGAGAUUAAUGGUGAAAAAGUCAAGCUUCAGAUCUGGGACACAGCAGGUCAAGAAAGAUUUCGGUCCAUUACCCAGAGUUACUACCGAAGCGCCAAUGCCUUGAUCCUCACCUAUGACAUAACCUGUGAGGAAUCCUUCCGUUGCCUUCCUGAGUGGCUGCGGGAGAUAGAACAAUAUGCCAGCAACAAAGUCAUCACUGUGCUAGUGGGCAACAAGAUUGAUCUGGCUGAAAGGAGAGAGGUCUCCCAGCAGAGAGCUGAAGAAUUCUCAGAAGCUCAGGACAUGUAUUACUUGGAGACCUCAGCCAAGGAAUCUGAUAACGUGGAGAAACUCUUCCUUGACUUAGCGUGCCGCCUCAUCAGUGAAGCCAGGCAGAACACACUUGUAAACAAUGUAUCCUCGCCCUUACCCGGAGAAGGGAAAAGCAUCAGCUAUUUGACUUGUUGUAAUUUCAACUAAAGGCUGAGGCAAGGAGAAGCAAGAGGAAUCAGCAGCUGCCCCGAUGGGCCCCAAAUUGCUGGGGGAGAUCUGGUGAUGACUGUGGCUCCUGCUCUCAGACCUUCUGACUCCCGUGGGAUCCAGAGCUUACAGAGCAUGGCAGGCCGAAGGCUUUGUCCACAGGCCAGCAUUAGCAGAACAUAUAAUGGUUUCACCCUUUUGCAGUCAGGAGUUGGAGCAAGGAGAAAAUUGCACUAGGCGCUCCGUGAUCUGCAGAGCAUGUUGCUUUUGUUCUUU